AUGGCGCCCAUGGGCAAGUUUAUGACACGGACAGUAUUCCUAAUUGGAUAUGUCUGUUUGACGAUGAUUUUCAGCGCUUAUAUUGUUAUCAAUGAAGCGCUUCGCCAGCAUCAGUCCCGGGUAGCCGUGGCUCUUCAGGAUGGAACUAGUAGGGAACUCGUCCGGAAAUCAAUCCGUUCAAACAUUAGAGCUUUGACAAGAGAAGGUAAUCAUUCCGUCUUCGUUGCACCAACACUGAAACCAAAUAAAGCGACCGUUGAACAAGUGGAGCAUGAACGUACGGAGGGUAAUACUAAAAUACCAUACAUUUUGAUAGCUGAUUCAAGAUCAGGUUCGACUCUUCUGAUAGACUUACUGAAUCAGUACGUAAAAACACCGAACCUCGGGGAUCUCGUUUUACCCGAUACGCUGAAAGAAAAAAAUAUGUUAAACGGGCCAGGAAGUAGCAGCUCGAUAUUGGCCUAUCUCACCGAACAAUUGAAAAAUGAUCCGAGAGCAAAAUACGAGGCUGCUCCAGGGUUUAAACUACAAUGCAACAGUUUACGAUUUUUGAAAAGAACUAACAAUUUACUAUUAGAUGAGCUGCUCCAAUAUCUACAUAAACCGAAACUGAUCUUGCUUUAUCGGGAAGACCUAAUGGAACGAUAUGUAUCCGAUAUGAUCGGGAUGCAAACGGGAGUUUGGCAUGCCCUUUCAGAGAAAACCGCAGAAGAGCGAGGAGUCGCGGAUGGACUCACGAACCACCCUCAUAAAAACACUAGCAUCGUCAUUAAAUGGCAAGACUACCUCAAUUAUGUAGAUAUGACACGGAAUGACUGGCGGACAAUCACACAGGUGAUGAAAGAAGUAGGUUAUGGUUGUGAAGACUUUCUCAUGUUAACAUAUGAAUCCUACACCAAAGACGUACCAGCUACAAUGGAAACUAUAAGUAAAUUUCUCCAAGUGCCGCCAAAGACUAAACCAUACACGCUUAACUUACAGAAGUUAGAUCCUGAACCUCUGAGCGAGAAAAUUGAAAACUUUAAAGACAUAGAACCAAAGAUAAGAGAUUCUCAACGCGAAAAACUGUUUCUUGAUGCGCACAAACAUUAUGCUGAAUGUGCAAAACCUUAGAAACUGGAAUAUAUUUAUAAAUUGACCAUAAUACAUUACAAUCUGUCCUCAAUUACGGCACCCUACCUCUAUAUAAUUGUGUGAAUUUAUGAUGUGAUACCGAAACUAGAAACGCGCAAACUGAUCGCCGGGCAAUACGUCAUUUAUUGUUGUGCCGCACCUUGCCUUUGUUUUAGAAUAUCUGAG